UGCGGCAGGAGUACGGCGCGUGCGCAGGCGCGGCGGUGCGUUUGCGUUCCCGCUCCUGCGGCCAUUCCGGUUCACCCAGAACGUUGGGGGCGGGAGCCCAGUCCUGAGGUCAGGUCCUGAGCCGGCAGAGCCACGCGCUAUGAGCACCUCAGGUCUGUUCCGUUUUCCUAUCCCGCUGACCAGAGUGUGCCUGGUGCCCUGGGGACUCCGGCUCUGCGAGAAGCCGGAACUCUUAUCCCCUGGAACAGCGGUCGCUCCAGUCCAGGUGGCAGGCAAGAAGGACCACCCUGCUCUGCUCUCCCUGGAUGAGAGUGAACUUGAAGAGCAGUUUGUAAAAGGACAUGGGCCAGGGGGCCAGGCAACCAACAAAACAAGCAACUGCGUGGUGCUGAGGCACGUCCCCUCAGGCAUUGUCGUCAAGUGCCACCAGACUAGAUCCGUCGAUCAAAACAGAAAGCUAGCUCGAAGAAUCCUGCAAGAGAAAGUGGAUGUUUUCUACAACGGUGAAAACAGUCCUGUUUACAAAGAAAAACGAGAGGCAGAGAAGAGAAAGCAAGAAAGGAAAAAAAGAGCAAAGGAGACCCUAGAGAAAAAGAAACUCCUGAAAGAACAAUGGGAAUCAAGUAAAAAUGUGCCCAGAGAAAGGACUGCAGAUUCUGACUGAAAGAACCUGCCGGAUGGGACUUCCCUGGUGGUGCAGUGGUUAAGAAUCCGCCUGCCGAUGCAGGGGACACGGGUUCGAGCCCUGGUCUGGGAGGAUCCCACAUGCCACAGAGCAGCUAAGUCCGUGCGCCACAACUACUGAGCCUGCGCUCUAGAGCCGGCGAGCCACAACUACUGAGCCUGCGUGCCACAACUACUGAAGCCUGCACACCUAGAGCCCGUGCUCUGCAACAAGAGAAGCCACUGCAAUGAGAAGACUGCGCACUGCAACGAAGAGUAGCCCCCGCUCGCUGCAACUAGAGAAAGCCCGCGCGCAGCAACGAAGACCCAACGCAGCCAAAAAUAAAUAAAUUAAUUUUAAAAAAAGAACCUGCCGGAUGCCUCCAGGGACGGCGUGAGCUCCACCACCAGCGCGGCUGUGACGGGCUCCAGAGACAGCAGUUUCUAAACAGCAGACAAACUGUAGUGAAUAGCAAUGCACACUUUGAGAAUAAAACUGUAAAAAGAAA